GUUUUUUUUCUUCUGUUUUUUCACAACGGUCCUAAACUGCACAGAGAUUUGGAAUAUUACAUUACAGCCUUGCAGGACGGAAGAUGGCGACUGUCAUUCAUAAUCCAUUAAAAUCGCUGGGUGACCAGUUUUAUAAAGAAGCCAUUGAACACUGUCGCAGCUACAAUGCCCGCCUCUGUGCUGAGCGCAGCGUGCGGAUGCCCUUCUUGGACUCUCAAACCGGCGUGGCUCAGAACAACUGCUACAUCUGGAUGGAAAAGCACCACCGCCGACCAGGCCAGGCAGCAGGGCAGAUGUAUACGUACCCUGCUCGUUGCUGGAGGAAAAAGAGGCGACUCCACCCACCCCUGGAUCCCCAGCUCCGCCUGUGUGAGCUCCGGCUAGAAGCAGAACUGGCCCCGAAGCGUGAGGGGCCACCAGGGGAGGCCACCUCCUUGGAGGCUCUCCUGAGGGGGGACAGCGUUUUGGAGAAAAAAAACAGUCUCAGUAAAGACGAGGAGACGCUUCUAGAAAUACAGAGAGUUCUGGAGGCAGAGGAAAAUGGGGACAGUUUCCAUGAAGAUGAAGAGUUAGAAGCAGAUACACCAAAGAAAAAGAACAGGAAUAGAGGCAAAAGCAGAGGAUCAUCUCGCAGAAGGACAGAAUCUGUUAAUACUGAAGACCAGGAUAAACCUUACAUCUGUGACAAUAGGUACAAACAAAAGCAUAACUCAAAAAAGGCAGAAGAAGUUUGUGGGAAGCGCUACAAGAACCGUCCAGGUCUUAGCUACCAUUACACACACACUCACCUGGCCGAGGAGGAAGGCGAAGAGGAGAAGGACGCAGAGAUGGCCCCACCGUCGCCUCACAGUUCAGACAACCACAAACCUCAGAAGGGCUCUGAUGGCACCAUCAUUCCCAACGACUACUGUGACUUCUGCUUGGGAGACCAGGACUCUAACAGGAAAACAGGGCAGGCAGAGGAGUUGGUGUCCUGCUCUGACUGCGGGCGUUCUGGCCACCCGACGUGUUUGCAGUUCACAGAGAACAUGAUGCAGGCGGUGAGGACAUAUCAGUGGCAGUGCAUCGAGUGCAAGUCUUGCAGCCUGUGUGGCACCUCCGAGAAUGAUGACCAGUUAUUGUUCUGUGAUGACUGUGAUCGGGGAUAUCACAUGUACUGUCUGAAACCUCCAAUGACCCAACCUCCUGAAGGGAGCUGGAGCUGUCACUUGUGUCUGGACCUGUUAAAAGACAAGGCCUCAGCCCACAUAGAAGCUUAAUGGGAAUUGGAUGCAUACUACACAGUGCCAUGGAAAAGCAUUGAUAGCCCUUGAACUUUUCUACAUUUUGUCACAUUGUUACCAACCCCUGAAAAGUGUGUCCUGCAUAUGUGUUCAAUAACUCAAGUCAAAACCUUUAUUCCAGAUUUGUGUGCUGCACUCCAAAGGUUGUUCUGUAAACCGAAUUUCCUACCUGAUCUUAAGAUCCCUGCAGCUCCUCCAGGGUUACUAUUGGCUUCUUAACAGCUUCUCUUAUUAUUGCUGUCCAUGCUCUGCCUGUCACUUUAGACAGACAGCCAUGUCUCUGUAGGUUUGCAGUUGUAUUCUUCCUGGUUUCAGAUUAUACUUCCCUCAACACCUACAUUGCUGAUUUGUUAUGUUUUUGUAAUGUUUUCCUAUCUUGACUGUAUUAAUAUUUACUAAGUAUGUGACCUCAGAAGGGCAACUGGCUGCCCUGGAUUUUUAAGGGUAUCAGAUUAAAGGGGGGUUCAAUAGAAAUGCAUUCCACAUCAUGCAAAUUUCUAUGUGGAAAAGACAUGUUUGCUUUUUCUCCCAUGUCACAGUUCUGCACUACUUUGUGCUGGUCAGUCAAAAAAGACUUUAAGGUUUAGGGUUGUAAUGUGACCAAAUGUGAAAAAUGUUAAGGGCUAUACAUUUCUUUGCAAGACACAAUAAGUGUUUGUACAUACAUAUUAGCAGUUUGAUGUGCGCACACAUGUGGAAAAAACACACAGAGAUUGCAGACAGCUCUAGAAACACCCCCACAUAUACACAUUCCAAUACAUUAGCAGGCCCAGGGCAGCAUCCGGUUUAAGAAGAAAAAACCCUUUACCUAGCAACACUCAACAGAUGCAUAUGUCAUCAGUGUGCAACCUCAACCACAGGCCAGUGAACAGCAGGUCUGCCGUUCAAAUACAUCUCUACCUCACCACCCAGUGGACGUGAAGGAGCCAAGGCAGGAUUGAUAACCCACCGUAGUACAUGUCUAUGUUCAAUUUAGAUGAUUUCCAAACUUUUUUCAGCUUAUUUAGGACUUAUAUGAUAGACCUUUAGAAGGUGUCUGCUAAUCCCGAAUCACUUCGUUUCCUCUCUGCUCUGAGGACUCCAGCUGGGACAAACCUGAGUGAGUUUGACUGAUGUUUGUUUAAAGCGCUCCCUCCAGCUCUGCUCCUGUGUUUAGACUCUGCAGUAACAUUCCUGUUUUAUAUCUGGGCAGACUCUGUGCAAGUUUUCCCCAUUUUUCACUGGGUUUUGUCAAGCCUUGAAAUGUACAUCCAGAGCCGAGAGGAAACGGGUGAUUAAAAAAGCCUCGACCAUCGAUCCUUUUUUUUAAAUCCACGUCUGUUUUCUGUAUCCUUAGAGUUAGUGAUAUUUGUGGUGCUCAAUGGUGACUCCCAACAGAUGAUUUCACCUUUCUUUAUAAUUAUUUAUAAAUUGCUGAUAGUCGCUCAGUCUUGCUGUCAAUGACUUCAUUUACUAUAAAUCAUGGGUUCCCAAACUGUUAUUGUUCCUAUCUCAACAAGAUACUAUUUAGAGUACAACUGUCUCAUCUCUUACAGAUAAAUCACAAGAUUUUCUCAAUUUAGAAAACAGCAUUGCUUAGAUUAUGUCCAAACUAUAAAGGCAUAAAGACAACCAAAACUGUUAAAAUAACUCAUCGCCUGCAUCAUCCUUAAACUAAAGCUUUACUUGGGAUAUGACUGAAAGAUGGAUAAACCCCAAAAUUUUUCUCUUCUCUUCUCUUCUUUUCUCUUCUAAAUCGUUUGAUCUUGCACUAGAAGCUGGAUUCUGUUAAAGUCAAUGAUGAGCUCCUAUUAGUUUGUUGCCAUAAAGUACAGCUAAAUCCCAAAUUUUAAGGUUGUGCAAAUAAACCACAGAAAUACAUCAACUCCAAACUCUAAUUCUGGACAAAAAAGUGUUCUUCAUAAUAAACUGUUAUAGCAACUGAGAUUUAGGUAAGACUUGUUGAUUACAUAGGGGGAAAAACUGCUCUGAUAUGCAACUUACAACACAACAGCAUAUAUAUUUGUUGGCAUCCCUAAGGCAAAGAUGUAUACAAUUUCUUUAUCCUUACAUACAUUUAUCUUUUGUAAUAGUAGUAAAAUCUCAUACUGAAAGUUUUAGAAAAAUCCAACCUUGAAUUUGAAUAUAUUUAUUUAGUCAGCAAAAACACAUUAAGAAAUGAUUCUUGUGGACACAGUCAUUGGUAGCGCAAUAAUUGGCACGGCUGCUAUUAAUAUUUUUUAUAACUUUCGAUUACUAAAACUGUUUUAUCAUAAGAUUCAGGUCCCUUGACUGAGACAGAAACAGAAAACGCCCUUUGCUGUGAUGACUGAAAUAUUAACCUUUGGCCAUCUCUCAGUGCACCUCUGGGAAGUUCUUUCAAGACUCUUUAGAAAACCAUUUCAGGAGACCACCUUAUGAAGCCCAUGGAGAGAAUACUAAGAGAGCAAAGCAGUAAUCAGAGCAAGGGUGGCUAUUUGAUCUAAUUGUAAAAACUAUUCUUUUUUUAUGUGGGAUAUUUUUCCCGACGGAAUAAAUUGACUAAGAUUAUUAUUAUUAUGAUUAUUAUUCAGUGUGAGACAAAUUCAUUUUAAGGACCUUUAAGCAUUCUAAUCAGGGUCUGCAAUGAGUUUGAAGGACUGUGUAGAGAAAGCAACUAUCUAGAAUACCUUUUACUUUUUACAAACUUUUUACUAACUUAUUUUACUAAUGUAUUAACUUAAAUCUCUUCUAGUCUAUUCUUUUAAAGACAAACAAAAACAGAAAUCCAAAAUAAGUAUAUGGCUAGCAACACAUGCGCUUACUGUUCAUUGCUCAGUUGAGCUCUGCUUAGUUACAGUUCUGUUCAGUGUGUGUAAACAAUCAGGUAAGAUGUUACACCUUUAAAAAGUUCAUUACAAUUUCAAAUCCUGUCUCUAGAUUUUAGCCUUUAAAACAAUGAUUAAUCAAUCUGUCCUCCUACAUGGAGUUGUUCAUCACAAAUUUGUAGCCGCUGCUGUAAAUUUUCCAACGUGUAAAUAUGAACCUUAACCUCAGGCUCUCAAAGAAAAAAAAAACAUUUACUUUAGUUUAAAACCCUUAAAAAAACGUAUGUUUUUAUAAUGAGCAACGUUUGUCACCAAUCGAAUGUUUUUUAAAAACAAGUCUGACCAUUAAGUACCAAAAAAAGAAGAAAAACAGGAAAAACAAAUAUUGUAUUUGUGUCUUGUCAUUGUGAGUUUGUUUUAUGAUACUGCUUUUGAAGGACAAUCAAAAUGUAGCAAAGAAACAAUAUAAACAAAAGGUUUUUAUGUGCUCUUCUUUUAAUAAGUCAAAGAUGUGUUUUCGUAUGAUGUUAUCACUAUGUGGAGUGAAAAUAUGUGCUGUACUUUGUUAAUCUAAACUGUUCAGUUUGUGUUUAAAUAAAGACUUCUCCAUAA